CCGGUACGAGCAGACACCAAUGAUCAAACCUCUGCAAAGGUAGAUCGGGGGACAUUCGAUGAUCCCGCUGCCCGACUUCGUCCGCGUUUUCGAUAUUGGUUACCCGACGCUGGGGUCGAUAUAGAGACAGUACAGGAUAAUAUUAAAUCUGCAGGUGAAAUUGGAGCCGGUGGAGUGGAGUUUCUCCCUUUUUACAACUAUGGUGGUCAAUUGACCCCGGAGCCUACGGGUGCGAAUUGGACCAAGGAUGGAUUUGGAACACCUACUUUUCAUAAGAUGUUCCUAGCUGCGUUAGAGGCCCAUAAAGAGGCUGGCUUGAAGAUGGACUUUCCUCUUGGACCGAACCAAGGCCAGGGCGUACCGGCUGAUCCGAGUGAUGAAGGCUUGCAGUGGGAUUUGGAAACAUUCUCAGUGGCCGUCCCGAAUGGCGAAUUCAAUGGACAGAUUCCCGGAUGGGGCGCUGGUGAGCUGGUUGCUUUAGUCUCGGCAGAAGUGCUAUCUACCCAGAACAUCAGCCUGGAUACCAGCAGUACUUCGUCUUUCUUUGGAACAGCUCAAAGUUCAUACCUCUCCUUGGUGCUCAAGAAUGGCACUCUGGUUGAUUGGGCGCAGAAUGUGUCCUCGACAGGACAUGCUUCUCUCAAGUUCUCCACUGGAGCAUCGCAUCGCCUGUUUGCCUUCUAUCAGUUCUUGAGUCAUGAGAAAAACCUUGAAUAUAGCAGUGGCAACGAUGAGACAAUCUGGGAUAACGGAUCGUAUGUGGUGGAUCACUACAGUGCGCGGGGCGCACAAGUGGUGGCCAAGUUCUGGGAGAAGUACAUUCUGCCCGAUGGAGUCAAAGACCUAUUGAUGGAGGUUGGAAACUAUGGCUGGGAGGACAGUGUCGAGAUCAGAUCAAACGUCUCCUGGACCCCUUCGCUUCCCGAAAUCUUCCAAUCAAAAUAUGGCUAUGACCUCAAGCCAUUCUUGCCGCUGGUUAUAUUCCGGGACAACAAUAUCAACAUACAGAGCAGCAGUCCCGGUGCAUUCCACAGUAUCCUCGACACUCCCGACCAAGGCCUUGGCUAUUUCAAUGACUUCCGUGGAGCUCUUGUGGCAGGAUACCGCAAUUACUUGGAAGAACUAACCAGAUGGGUGAACAAAGAGCUCAACCUGCAAAUGUCGGCUCAGGUGUCAUACAAUUUGCCAAUGGAUAUGGAAGCCAAUAUUCCCUUUGUGAAUGCACCUGAAUGUGAAAGCCUUCAGUUCGAUAGCAGCAUUGAUGGAUACAGGCAGUUCACUGGGCCCGCUAACUUGGCUGGGAAGCGUGUCAUCUCUAAUGAGAUGGGAGCUGUGAUGAUGAAGGCGUAUAAUCUUCCGCACAGCGAGCUGUUGGGAUACAUCAACCGGGCUGUGGCGGGUGGUGUUAAUCAGAUGGUUCUUCAUGGACAGUCAUACACUGGUGACUACUAUGGCACGACCUGGCCUGGAUACACUGCAUUUGUGUACUUGUUUUCGGAGCUCUACUCUGACAAACAGCCAUCUUGGAGCCAUGGCCUCGGAGAUGUCCUGAACUAUACAGCUCGAGUUCAGUAUCUCCAGCAGUCGGGUGUACCACGCACCGACGUUGUGAUUUACAAUAAGGUCUCUAGUACUGAUCCGAGUUUCCCGACACUAUACUCGUCAACCGACUUGAUCGACGCUGGCUAUACAUACACAUACCUCUCUCCUGACAAUUUUGCCUUGCCCCAAGCAAGCGUCAAGGACAAUACCCUUGGACCGGAUGGUCCCGCAUACAAGGCUAUGGUCAUCACUAGCAACAGCAACCUUACUCUGGAUGGUGUGCAUUACAUUCAGAAGUAUGCCCGCGCGGGUUUGCCAGUGAUCCUCAGUGGAGGCGACCCCGGUGUCUAUGCAACCCACGACAGCAGAGAUACACCGGCCAUUAAGCAAGCUAUCCAAACCUUGAAGCAGUCCCGCAAUGUCCACAGCGUAUCUGCCGGAAAGGUUGCUGCCAAACUCCAGGCCCUUAGUAUCCAGCCACGCGUUGCCCUGCAGACCAAUGGGACAUGGUAUUCGACCUGGAGGGAGGAUGCACAGAACGGUAUGGAUCACGCCUUUGUGUUCUGCGAUGGUAAUGCCUCGACUGGUACCGUUUCAAUCACAAGCAGCAAAGCACCGAUCUUUUUGGAUCCUUGGACUGGACAAACAAAACCGGUACUCGAAUAUACUCGUCACGAAAAUCAGGUUACCAUCCCGCUCAGUUUGGCAGCCAACCAGACAGUCAUGAUCGGCUUCACCGAUAGUGCUUAUAAGUCCGUGCAACACGCCAGUCAGCUGCCAUCAUCUGUCGCAGGAUACGACUAUUCUCGGGAAUCCGGCCUUGUCCUGCACGUCUCUGCAAGUAAGGACAGCCAGUCUCUGGUCCUAUCCAACGGCAAACGUGUCAGCCUCGGAAGUACGGACGUACCCGGGUCUUCUACUUUGUCCAACUGGUCCCUUACGGCCGAACACUGGGAAGCACCCUCGAAUAUCUCCGAUGCUGCUACCGUCGCUGUCAAACACAACACAACCCACCAACUCUCCUCGCUAGUCUCUUGGACAGAAAUCAGUGCCUUAAGAAACGUCUCCGGUCUCGGCUAUUACUCAACCAGCAUCACCUGGCCCCCGAUUGGUCAUGGCUCCGCAGAUGGAGCCUACCUCAUUCUUCCCGCCAUUUCCCACGCGGCACGCGUAUAUAUCAAUGGACAGAAAGUUCCUCCAAUUGAUUUCUCUGCUCCGCGGGUGGACCUCGGUCCGUAUCUGAAGAAGGGUUUUAACCAAAUCACCGUCGUGGUUCCGACUACUAUGUGGAAUUACAUCCGUAGUAUUGCCGGAGACAUUCAAUCCGCGGAUGUCCCGCUUGAGUCUUUCUUCUCCGCUGUUGGGUAUACUACUCUUCCUUCUGUCACUGACAACGGCUUGAUUGGUACCGUGACGUUGGUGCCGUAUGCCAAGGUGCGCCUACAAUAG